AUGAAAGCUGGAAAUGAGCACAAAAAAGGGCUGUGGACAGCUGAGGAGGACAGAAUAUUGAUGGACUACAUAAGACAGCAUGGAAAAGGGAAGUGGAACCGCAUUGCCAGAGAGACAGGUUUGAAGAGGUGUGGCAAAAGUUGUAGAUUAAGGUGGAUGAAUUAUCUUAGCCCCAGUGUGAAGCGUGGUGACUUCUCUGAGGAAGAAGACGACCUCAUAAUUCGGCUCCAUAAACUCCUUGGAAACAGGUGGUCUUUGAUCGCCGGCCGGGUUCCUGGAAGAACCGACAAUCAGAUCAAGAACCACUGGAACACUUGUUUGAGCAAGAAGCUCGGAAUCAAGAAGGGAAUUAAGAGCAAAGUAACAAGGAUGAAUUCACAACCAAUUAUCUCAGGAGAGCUGAAGAAUUUAUUUGAUACCCCAAUCCCAUCAGGGACAAACUUAUCCGAGUUUCCAAACAAAAAUUUAUGUACUAAUAAGGGUGAAUUAGAUGAAGGUGAUAAAGUGAUUACAAAAGAAUAUGGCUCUCAAAGUGCACAUGGGGAGGUGAUGAUGAGUGAAAAUUAUGAUGAGACUUCUUUUUGGAUUUCUUCUAGUGCUGAUUAUCCAAACGGAUCUUAUCUAGUGGGGCCUCAAGAAGAUCACUUUCUUGAUUUUGUUUGUGAUAUUGGCUUCUAG